GAUGCUUGUUUUUCGCUUUACCGAAGCCGUCUGAAGGCAAGACAGCGGGCCCAGGGCAGAGACAUACAGCAGCUCCGGGGCGGUCUCCUYGCCCCUCGCCAAAGCCGCCUUCACCGCGCUCGCGAUCUCUCCUGGACACUUAGGAAGGCGAAGAGGAGAGAGCUCGCCUUCCCUCUGAAGCMGAGGAAAAGCAGCCGAAGACAUCGCAGGCGCCUGUGAAAGUCCCWGCGACUCCAAGUGAGGAAGUGACACUCCCAAGCGAGCCGGCCCGCAGCUGCCAGCUCUGCACGGCCUCAGGCACCGCGGCCCUGGAGGCGCGCGGGGUGGAUUUCAGGCUCUGCUGGCUCGGCCGCGCUCCCCGCCGCGCCCCGGCCCGCGCGCGCCGGCACCCGGGCUCGCAACCCCUCGGGGUCCAUGCCCAGCGCCCGCGGCCCAAGUCCUUCGGUUCGCCCAUGCGGACCCCCGGCGCCGCGCUGCAGCCAGUGAUCUAACCCCGGAGACCAUCGUCCGCGCGGUGCCUAGCAGAGAGAGGGAGAGACGGAGGGGCAGCCUCUUUGGGACUAACUCAUGAAGAACAAGGGUGCCAAGCAGAAGCUGAAACGAAAGGGGGCCGCCAGUGCAUUUGGCUGUGACCUGACGGAGUAUCUGGAAAGCUCAGGACAAGAUGUUCCAUAUGUGUUGAAGAGCUGUGCAGAGUUCAUAGAGACUCACGGCAUUGUAGAUGGAAUCUACCGGCUUUCAGGAGUCACCUCAAACAUACAACGGCUAAGGCAAGAGUUUGGCUCAGAUCAAUGUCCAGAUCUGACAAGGGAAGUGUACCUCCAGGACAUCCACUGUGUGGGCUCCCUCUGCAAGCUCUACUUCAGGGAGCUGCCCAACCCCCUCCUGACUUACGAGCUCUAUGGGAAAUUCACGGAGGCAGUGUCAUAUUGCCCAGAAGAAGGCCAACUGGCCAGAAUCCAAAAUAUUAUCCAGGAGCUUCCCCCAUCCCAUUAUAGGACCUUGGAAUACCUGAUUCGACACCUGGCCCACAUCGCCUCCUUCAGCAGCAAGACCAACAUGCAUGCCAGGAACCUGGCCCUGGUGUGGGCACCAAACCUCCUCAGGUCUAAAGAAAUCGAGGCCACUGGUUGCAAUGGAGAUGCAGCCUUCCUUGCAGUCCGGGUCCAGCAAGUGGUGAUUGAGUUUAUAUUGAAUCAUGUGGAUCAAAUCUUCAGCAACGAUGCUCCUGCGUCUCUGGAGAAUGAUGAAAAUCGGCCCAUCAUAAAGAGCCUGACGCUGCCAGCCCUGUCCCUGCCCAUGAAGUUGGUAAGCCUGGAGGAAGCUCAGGCCCGCAACCUGGCUACCGACCAUCCUGCCCGGAAGGAAAGGAGGGAGAACAGCCUGCCUGAGAUUGUGCCUCCCAUGGGCACCCUCUUCCACACCGUCCUGGAGCUACCAGACAACAAGAGAAAGCUUUCCAGUAAAUCAAAGAAGUGGAAAUCUAUAUUUAACCUGGGACGUUCUGGAUCAGACUCCAAAUCAAAGCUGAGCAGAAAUGGGAGUGUAUUUGUGAGAGGACAGAGGCUCUCAGUGGAGAAGGCUACCAUCCGACCAGCCAAAAGCAUGGACUCUCUGUGUUCAGUGCCUGUGGAAGGAAAAGAAACGAAAGGAAAUUUCAACCGAACAGUCACCACCGGUGGAUUUUUCAUUCCCGCCACGAAAAUGCACUCCACCAACACUGGCAGCUCCUGUGACCUCAGCAAGCAGGAGGGUGAAUGGGGCCAGGAGGGGAUGCCCGCGGGCGCGGAGGGGGGCUUUGAUGUGAGCAGCGACCGAAGCCAACUUCAGUGCACUCAGAUCCGUCCCCCACCGGAGCAACUGAAGGUGUUCCGGCCCAUCGAGGAUCCAGAGAGCGAGCAAAUAGCCCCGAAGAUGCUGGGUAUGUUUUAUACCUCGAGCGACAGCCCUAGCAAGUCCGUCUUCACCAGCAGCCUCUUCCAGAUGGAGCACUCGCCGCGUCACCAGCGCAAGGCACUGAACAUCUCCGAGCCCUUUGCGGUGUCCGUGCCGCUCCGAGUGUCCGCGGUAAUCAGCACCAACAGCACCCCGUGCAGAACACCCCCAAAGGAGUUGCAGUCUCUGUCCAGCCUAGAAGAGUUUUCUUUCCAGGGGUCAGAGAGCGGAGGUUGGCCAGAAGAGGAGAAACCACUGGGAGCCGAGACUUCUACAGCUUCUAUCACUAAGAAGGCAGCUCUGGAAGAUGCCCCACCAGGACCUGAAGGCCUGGGGACAGUGGAAUGCAACCAAAGCCUUUCCCUGGAGCCAGGUACCCAGACGGAGGAGAAGAAGACCUCGGAGAUCUCCCUGGGCUCUCAAAAUUUAAGGGAAUUAGAGAAGAGGAUGAAUCCGGAGAAGGUGGUUGAGGAAAGGCGAGAGGCUGAGGAUGUGGAGACCAACGCUCUGCAGGAGUGCCCCGGGAUCAGAACAGAAGCCAUGUUUCUCCAUGAGAUGGAUGAAGAUGAUCUGGCUAAUGCCCUGAUAUGGCCCGAGAUUCAACAGGAGCUUAAAAUCAUUGAAUCUGAGGAGGAACUUGCGUCAUUGCCACCAUCUGUUCAGAAGAUAAGCCUAAUUCUGCCCAGUUUUGAGUCAAGUCCAGGGGCCUUUGCUUCCCCAGAGCUUCCUGGGAGUGUCUCUCUUGCCUCCGCCCCCUCUCCAGUCUCCGCCCCCCAGGAGGAGGGGACUAAGGGCUCAACCAAUCAGAGUACAAUGGAUGCUGCCGCGGCAGCCAAUAGAGAGAAGCCAGAGUCAACCAGAGUCCACAGAUCUGAGUCUGGGCUGCGUCCAGACCCUGCUACUCUGGCUCCUCUAGAAAUAAUUCCUUUUGAGGAGGCGUCUCCACCGGCAAGGACUGAGGCUGGACGCCCCGGGAAUCUCUCUCCUCCGCUUCCUCCUGCUCCUCCCCCUCCAACUCCUCUGGAGGAGGCGCCUGGAAUCCUGCUGUCAAAGGGAGGUGUUGAGAGAGAAGAUCCAUCCAGGAAUUUGAGGACAAAUCCUUAUAUAGAGCAGCCGGGGUCCAAAGAUAGCCCUGGGAUCUCUAGUCUCUGUCAGGGAGAGGAGGUCACUCCAAGACAAAGUGAAAAACAAACUUCAAAGAACGCUGCUCCAGAGGGGGAAGUCCUUGGUUUUCCAAGCCCAACAAAGGAGGUUGAGAUCUCCCCACAUGGAGAGGGCGAUGUAGCCCAGUCAGUACAGGAGCCUUCAGACUGUGAUGAAGAUGACACUGUGACAGACAUUGCUCAGCACGUCCUGGAGAUGGUGGAGCCCUGGGAGGAACCCCAAUGGGUGACAAGCCCUCUUCACUCUCCCACACUGAAAGAAGUUCAGGAGGCCCAGGUGCAGGGCCCGCAGAGCCACCGAUUGGAGAAGAGGCUUUCUCACAGGCCCAGCCUUCGGCAGAGCCACUCUCUGGAUAGCAAAACUACCAUUACAAGUCCGUGGACUCUUGAGGUCAUCCCAUCCAGCAGCUGUGCUAAUCUUGAAACAGAGAGAAAUUUUGAUCCUCAGGCAGCCAGGAGAGAGAUUACUAGAUGGGAUGAGAAAGCCCUGAGGAGUUUCAGAGAGUUCUCUGACCUGAAAGGGGAAGAGGUUCUUCCCAGCCAGAAGGGACCAGGUAGUGUUCAGUCUAAGCCAGCAGCAAUCAGCCCAGUCACCCCAGUAGAGGGAAAGGAGCUCGGGCCGCUUCUUGGGCAGAGCAACCAGAUUAAGCAAGCUGGUGUUCCUGGGCUAGAAAAUAGCAAGGAGAGUUCACUUAGGGUUCAGGAUAGCACCUCACCUGAAGAAGACCCCCCAAAGUUACAGCUAAAGAGCACUGAGUGUAGCCCCUCAAAAGGGAAAAACCGGCCUUCUUCCCUCAACUUGGACUCUGCCAUUCCCAUUACUGACCUCUUCCGGCUUGAGAAUGGGGCUUCAUUUAGUUCACCUGGAAUGCAGCUCUGUGAAUCAGGAGACCCCAAGUUCACCUGGAUGACCUCAUCUCACUGUAAAGCAGACUCCUGGAAAGAUUACUCCCAGGAUACCCAGGACCUGGACCUUGUUGCUCAUGCCCUGACAGGCCGCCGUAACUCAGCUCCCGUGAGUGUGUCAGCUGUGAGAACCUCCUUCAUGGUCAAAAUGUGUCAGGCCAGGGCAGUGCCAGUCAUCCCACCCAAGAUUCAGUAUACACAGAUCCCACAGCCCCUGCCCUCUCAGAGCACAGGGGAGAGUGUGGCUCAGCCUCUGGAGAGGAGCCAAGAGGAAUCCAGCUCAACUAGUGGGACCUCUCAGAAAUCUGCCAAAGGUGAUUCUCCCUCCUCCCUGGAAAGCCCAAGGGAAGAGAAACCAAAGCAAGAUACAGGAGCCAUAGCAUCCUCACGGAUGGAUACCACUGCAUCCUGCAUUUGUGAGGGACCCACCCUUUCUCCAGAAUCAGACUUAUCUAAUCUCCUCUCCACCCAAGACGCAGUAGUGCAAUGCAGAAAGCGCACAUCAGAAACAGAGCCAUCUGGGGACAACCUUCUUUCCUCAAAAAUAGAGCGACCAUCUGGGGGUUCUAAGCCUUUCCACAGGUCAAGGCCAGGAAGACCUCAGAGCCUAAUCUUAUUCAGUCCUCCUUUCCCCAUCAUGGACCACCUGCCUCCCUCAUCCACAGUUACAGAUUCCAAGGUCCUGCUGUCUCCUAUCAGAAGUCCCACUCAGACAGUUUCCCCUGGCCUUCUUUGUGGGGAGUUGGCAGAAAACACAUGGGUCACACCAGAAGGGGUUACACUUAGGAAUAAAAUGACCAUCCCUAAGAAUGGCCAAAGACUAGAGACCUCGACCAGCUGUUUUUACCAGCCCCAGCGGAGAUCAGUAAUUCUGGAUGGAAGAAGUGGGAGGCAAAUAGAAUGAUCAGUUCAGUUGCUGGUGUCUGAAAAAAAACAUCAUGAUUCAUCUGGAAAUUAUUACAGGGCCGACUUGCCAUUUUCCAGCACAGAUUAUCUAACUUUGGACUUAUUUUGGCCUCUGACUUCUCUUUUUUCAGCCUUUUGACUAUUCACUAAUUAAUCCUUUUACCAGAAGAGUGUCAAGGAAAGGACCAAAAGGUGAAAUUUAGAUAAGUCUGUAUGAUCAAGUGGGAAAGCUUAGGUAAGGAAUGAGGGAAUUCUUGCUUCCAAUGAAAUUUGGGGUCUCAUAUGUAAGCUGCAUUACUCCCCUACUACCAUUACCUAUACUGUUGAGAGCUGGCUAUAGUAAUUGUCUUUUGCGAAAAAGAAAAAUCCUUUGCAGGUUUGGAAAAUGCUAUUGAGAUUUGAAGGCCUUCUCUUUAUUUCAUGCUUUUUACUGCUCUUUAAAGCAUAUGUUCUUAAAUCAGUUUUCUAAUAAGCUUUGAAAAAGUGAACUAUCCAAAAUAGAAGCAGAUUUGGAAAUGCAAACUAAUGUGCAUUUAGAUAUCCAAGUGGGUAAACUCACCCAUGCUCUUUCCCUGGAAUCCCUGCAGAUCUGUCAAAGAUGACUCCAUAUACCAGCAUAGAAAAUCAGAAUCUAUAAGUCAGGAGCAAACCCUGAGACUGGCACAAACUACAGACUUUCUGGUGCAUUUCAUUUGGGACCCUACUUGCCACUGUUCUGAAUUCUGAUUUAUAAAUCCAGUAGCUGGCCAAGUGAGGACUGAGCUGAGGAUUUUCUUAAUGAAAUGAAUCAAAAUUUUCAUGUAUGCAGUUGUGAAGUGAAGGUAUCAUCCUCCUUAAUAAUAUCAGGGUGUAAGCACCCAAUGUCAUCAUAGAGAAAAGCCCCACACAAAGCCUACACUGUGAACUUAAUGUAUUUAAGUUGGUGAGCAGGAAACACUUCCUGCUCAGCCUUACUCUUCUUCCAUACUGGGCUGGGCCCAGCAGUACAGGAAGGGAGGCAAGGAGGAAUCCUAGCAGAGUGGACAUCACUACCACUCACUCCCCUCCUUGAAAAUGUAUUUCAUUUUAGACAGUGGGUCCCUUCUUUUUCCCUCUCCCUAUAUUGUUUCAGAUUUGAGGCAUGUGUCUCCCUUCCAUAAUUCUCUUCAUCCACCAUCUAAGGCCCUCAAACUUGCUCUUCCUUCUGUCUGGAUGCAAGCAGAAGCAAUAAACCAAUCUGAUUUUCUUUCAGUUGUUUGGAAUUUUUCAUGGUUCUUUGCAUUUCAGAUGGAGGAAGGAGAACUAAUAUACAUGCUGGCAGAAUUUUGGUUCUCCCCUCCAAAAAAAAGGCUUCAUAGGGCACCGUUUCUCAGAUUCAAGCCUCGCUGAAUUCUAUCCAGAAGCUCAGUUAUUGCAGACAUUUCUCUGAAGGCUAGCAGUGACUCUGGGCAGAACCCAUAGCCAAGGCUACAGCUGGUCUGGGCUGGGGCUGAGUUGAAUUCACCUUCUCCAAUGAGAAACUGGAAGCUGAUGCCUUGCACUGACCGCUCUCUUUUCUCUCUCUCUCUCUCACCCCUUCUCUCCCUGACAAAUCUGAGAGUUUUGAAAUCUUUCCUGUGCCUUUUAAGCCAGGUCUGUGGCAAGGGUAACUUUAAGUCAGCUGAUGAGCUCUGCUUUCAUGUUGAGAUGAGUGAGAAAAGAGAGCCAUCAAAGGGGGCUUCAGUGAGUGCUUUUGCUUUCUCUCUGGGUGAGCAAGACAUGGGACCAAUAGUUAGUGAGAUAUCAACUUAUAAGAAACGUCCUAGAACAUAGCAUUUUACUCUAGGCAAGCAAGGUGAAGAAACAUGGUGGUGAAAGAUGAGAGAGGCCAUGUCCCAUAAAUAAGAAAAGCACAUUCCUACCUUAUCAGGAAAUAUGGCAGAUAAAUUGUAUCUGUUCCAGUGUACUUCUGGUGUCUAUGCUUUGAUAAGGACCAAAUUCUAGGCAUUGAGAGGGAAAGAAUUGCACUUCACCAACCAUCAGAACUCUGAGCCAAGUAAUGAAAUAUUUAAACUACUUUAUGGUUGUUUUAAAUUUUUGUUUGUAAUACUUACAGGAUAUAUUUUUAUUUGGGGAUAGACUGAGAAGCCACCCUUUACAUAUUAACAAUUGACUUUAAUUGUAAGGGUUGAGAUGCCUAUGUUAGAUUUAUAAAAUGGCUGCCAUGUUCCUCUGACUGGCAUUUAUUUAUUGGAUCACCUUCAGGUGCAUGGGUAUACGGACGUCACCCAUGCAACACAACUGGCAGCUGUCUGGAGAUAUUCCCUACUGCAAGCUUGUCUAAUCAGUUAAUUCCAGAAGAGCUUGGAGGCGGACGUUCUGUGUCCUGCUGCUCCUCCUUAACUAUCUCACAUCCUGUCAAGGUCAGAAACAUAUUCAUAAAUUCCUGUGGGCUGGGCUAGCCUAGUGUUGAUGAAAUUCCAUUUCAUGGCAAAGAAAACUCAUAAUUUUCUCCCAAAGGUUCCCAAAAUGCCCUGGGAUUACCUAUUGGACCACCCACAUGGGCUCUGAAAAAUGAACUCCCUAAAAAUGGCUGGUUGGGAAUCAGAUUGCCUGUUUCCGAGUAGGGGAGGGGCAGGGCAAGUACUGCUGUUUUCAGGAAGAUCUGCCUGGUUCCCUGGAAAGGGUUACAGAAUCAAACUCUUCAAAUAUCAAUCCUCAAAAUGGGGGUGACUGAUUUGAAAUGUUGAUUUUGAAGUGAAAUGCAUGCAUGUUUUCUUUCAGUAUUAAUGACUGCUUAAAAAAAUAAUGACCCAUUUUUAUUUGCAAAAUGGCCCUUCCAGGCGAUGGUGGCGGCGGCUGCUUCUUCUUCUUUUUCUUUUUUUUUUUUUUUUUUUUUGCCAAAGUGGACUAGAGAGAAGGAAUAUGGUUUUAAUUCUCUGCUUCACUUGGAAUAUGAAGCAACUUGACCAAGAAUCUCAUCAAGACACUCUUAACCUAAUCUAAGUCUUAAACUUCAAAAUAUUAUCCAGGUCAAAAUUCAGGAUUUUGCAGACAUUAGAAAUAUACUGUCAUCCUCAUCAAAUAUUUGUUAAGAGUUAACAACAGUGCAGGGGGUACCUUGGUACUUCUAAAGUUUUGAGGAGUCAAAUGAAGAAGGGAGGAUGAUAUUAAAUGAAACAGCCCAUAAACAAUCAAGAGCAAGGUUGAAAACCAUUAACUGCCAAACAAAGGCAAAAAUGGGGGGAAAUAUAGCAACUAGCCUAUUUCAAUAGGAUUGUUAAUCGUAUUCAAGUGACCUACUGAUGUUACACAAUUAAACAUAAUUGUAAAUCCAGUAGACCAUACCAGUGAGACAAUGAGCUGUUGACAACUUUGCUUUGAUUUAAAAAAAUUAGAGAGUGGCCCAGACAUAGUGACAUGUGCCUGCAAUCCCAGCAACUCAGGAAGUUAAGGCAGGAAGAGCACAAGUUUGAGGCCAGCUUGGCCAAUUUAGCAAGAUCCUAUUUCAAAAAAUAAAAAGGGAUGAGGUCAGUGUAGCUCAGGGAUGUAGGGUGCCCCUAGGGUCAAUCCCCAGUAUUGCAAAAAAAAAAAAAAAAAAAGAGAGAGAGAGAAAAAAAAA